GCCUCCUCCUCCGCCGCCUUCAGGGGCGCCGCGUCCCGCUGGCGGCGCCUCAUGGCGCGAUGCAGCUGCAGUGGGAGGGAGAGGAAACCCACCCCCCUCGCCCGGCGGCCGCCUUUGUAACCGCCCGGCCCAGCUCAGCGCGCAGCGGCUCGGGGAGCGCCGGAGCGCGGCGGCGGGAGCAGAUGGAGCCGGAGGGUUGCCCGUGCUCUCCUUUCCAAAUCAAAUGUAACAUUGACUCCAAUCCAGUGUUGGAAGCAUGUGGGGAGCUGCAGCACAUCAGCUCAGCGCAAUGUCUCCAUCAGGCUGGAAGGAAACCCAAAACCAAAACUGCACUGGCCAAAAUGCAUCCUCUGCAGAAACCCCAAGUACCUCCUAAGCCUGUCCAUCUCAAACCUGGGCAGGAAAGAAUUCCUCCUGCACCGUCUCGGCCUUUGCCAGCUGAUCCCAAGUCAUCAAGGAGCUUAGCACCUGGAGAGGAAGAAAUACCAAUAUCAGCAGGAGUCAACACGCUCAUUGAGAAAUUUGAAAGUAUUAGGCAACCUGUUCAUGUUCUUCAAAGAAACCAGCUAAAUUUAGCUCUUAAGAUGGAGCCUGUCCUGGACUCAUCCAAGCAGACGAGCUCAUGUGACUGUGACACAGCGGCUUCCAGUGGCUCUUCCACAAAUGACAAAACUGAACUGGAUGAAGCUGAGCCCAACAUACCAUGCACUAUGGAUCUAACUAACACAGACAUAAUGAAAAUUAAAGAGCUGAGCAUAGGUGAUAACAAAAGCCAUGAAGACUGUACUGCUGUGGCUGUGAGCAAAGAGCCCGAAGAGGAGCUUGGCAACAAAGACUCAACUGCAGAACUGAAUGGGAAUGGUAAAAUUCCCAACAGAGACAGUGGCAUUGACAGUCCUUCUUGUAGCGUGGCCGGGGAAACAUUCCCCAGUGAAGAAGGGGCAGAGCAGAAGAAGCCCAGCAUGGCUGGGAACCCAGGAGAGGCAGAACCUGACAGAAAGGGCACCAAACCUUCCUCUGCGGAGCAGAAGAGAGACUCCACGCAGGAUGAGGACAGUGACAUUGAUGAAGGAAGCAGUGAGGAGCAAGAGAUAGCAGAAGUGCCAAAGUUAGAGUAUUUGGAUGUAAACAAGUGCACAGAGCCCCAACAGCUAUUCAACAUCGCCAAUGAGCUGCUCCAAACAGAAGAAGCGUAUGUUAAAAGACUCCACCUCUUGGACCAGGUUUUUUGCACUAAAUUGUCCGAAGCAGGGAUUUCAUCUGAAGUGAUAACAGGCAUCUUCUCAAAUAUUUCUUCCAUCUAUUGUUUCCAUGGACAAUUUCUUCUUCCUGAGCUCAAAACAAGAAUUACACAAGAAUGGAGUGUCAACCCACGGCUAGGAGAUAUCCUGCAGAAACUUGCUCCUUUUCUGAAAAUGUAUGGAGAAUAUGUAAAGAACUUUGACAGGGCAAUGGACAUAGUGAACACAUGUAUGCAGCGGUCCUCUCCCUUCAAAGAUGUUGUUCAGAAUAUACAGAAACAGGAGGUGUGUGGGAACCUGACUUUGCAGCAUCAUAUGCUUGAACCAGUGCAAAGGAUUCCUCGUUAUGAGCUUCUCCUGAAGGACUAUUUAAAGAAACUUCCGGAAGAAUCUCCAGACAGGAAAGAUGCUGAAAAGUCACUGGAGCUGAUAUCGACAGCAGCGAACCAUUCCAAUGCAGCCAUCCGGAAGAUGGAAAAGAUGCACAAGCUUUUGGAAGUCUAUGAGCGCCUGGGUGGUGAAGAAGAUAUUGUUAACCCAGCCAACGAGCUCAUUAAAGAAGGACACAUUCAGAAACUUUCAGCAAAGAAUGGCACAGCACAGGAUAGGUAUUUAUUCCUGUUUAACAGCAUGGUUCUGUACUGUGUGCCAAAACUGAGGCUGAUCGGCCAGAAGUUCAGUGUCCGAGAGAAGAUGGACAUUGCAGGACUGCAGCUUUGGAUCACUUUGGAUCAAUGCAGCUUUUCCACUACGAGGAAGACCUUAAGGUGCUGGAGUGUGUCCAGAGAAGCACAACAGAGCUGGGGAAGGGUCUGGAGCACAAGUCUGAUGAGAGAGCUGGGGUGGAUUCUGUCUGGAGAUAAGGAGCGAGACCUUCUUGCUUUCUACAACUGCCUGAAAUGUGGGUGUAGCCAGGUCCAAGAAAUUGCCAAGCAAAAUGUGGCUCAUACAUUUUCCAUAACAGGAAAAAAGAGGUCAUUGGAACUACAAGCCAGGACAGAAGAGGAGAAGAGGGAAUGGAUUAAUGUGAUUCAAGCCACAAUAGAAAAGCACAAACAGAACAGUGAGACAUUCAGAGCUUUCAAUAGCUCUUUUUCACAAGAGGAGGAGCAUCUUCCUGAUUCCUCAAUAGCCAGCACCAGCUCGGUGGAAUCAAUGCCAGGAGCAGAUGGUGGUGGUGCAUUAGGAGGGACUGAUUCCUCUAGGAAAUCUUCCAAAUCUAAGCGAGACAAAGAGAAGCAGGCUUGUAAGAGCUGCAGUGAGAGCUUUAACUCCAUCACGAAGAGGCGGCACCACUGUAAGCAGUGUGGGGCAGUGAUCUGUGCAAAAUGCUCUGAAUUUAAGUCACUUGCAGAUAACAGCCGCCAUAAUCGAGUGUGUAAAGAGUGCUUCCUGCAGCUUCCAGCAAGCCCGUGCAGCCCUGGGGUGGAAGCAGUUGGAGAACAGAAGAAAAGACUAGCUGCAGAGAAGCAAAGCAUCCUUGCAGCUGAAAACAGCCUCUUCAGCAGCUACCUCCAGUUCCUUGAAAAAGGGAAGACUUGGUACAAAAUGUGGGUGACCAUCCCCAAGAGUGAACCUCUUGUUCUGUAUCUGCAAGGAAGCAGCCAGGAUGGACGAAGCCCACGUCCUAUCCCUCUGCCUGGCUACGAAGUCAGUUUGCCAGGUUCUGGUGAGAAGUUUGAAGUGAAGCACGUUUUUAAGCUUUGCCAGUCCCAUCAAACUCUCUAUUUCAGUGCUGAAGAUGAAGAGCUGCAGAUGAAAUGGAUGGAAAUUCUCACCAAAGCUGCCAAAGGGGAGACUGAGGAUACAGCUGAAGGGCUUGGCAACCCAUAGAGCAAGUUUCAUUUAGUUUCUUUCCUACUUGCUAUAAACCAUCACUUGAAUUUGGUAUUCAUGGCACUUUGGAAUCUGUAUGGCUUUAUAUUUUCAUGUGUCUGCAUAGGAAAUUCAGUGGUUUCUCACCUUUUACUGUAAAUUUUUCACGUACAGUAGUUACCUGCCAUAUAUUAUGUUAAAGGAAAAAGUAGUUAUAGUUGUUGGUGGUGUCAAUGCUGGUUUUAAAACAAAAGACAAGGAGAAAAGCAUUAAUUUUAACAAAGGUAAUGGAAAACCAUCAGUCUUUUGUUUUCCUAAAUGUAUAUUUUCCAGUCCUUUUUAUUGCUGUUGAGUGCAGGAUGUGUAUAGUCUGUGAUUAGUUCUAUAAAUGCUGCCUUUUAAGUUAAAUGUUGUAAAGGCUUGUGCUGUCCGCUGACAUUCCAUUCUCUGCCUCGCCUUCCUGGUAAGGUCUUUGUGAUGUGUGAGCAAUGUACUGAGUAUUUUCCCGUUGCUAAAACUAUGUCUCUGCUAUUUUGAGAUGACCUGUUCACAUGACAAAUACUGUAGAAGGGACUUCUAAAAAUGACUGCAAAUGGUGCAGAACAGAAUAUUAAGAAGCCUCAUUGAUUUUAAGCAUUUAUUAUAUUGAUUGCUUUCUUUUGGAACCAGUACCUUCCUUCCUUCUAUUGGAACCCAUUUUGAUGUAAGUGAACAAACAUUUUAUACUGCAAACUGGGUUAUGAUCAAUAAACAAGAACAUUUUUAGUACACACCAUACAAAAAGGUGACUUUUUUGUUGUAUUGGUUAAUUUAAGUGGCCUAGAUUUUAUUUAUAUAAUUUGUAAAUAAUGUUUCGUAAGUAUUUUAAGAAUUUUUUAAAGACCUCAGCUAAUUAACAGGAUUUAGUGCAUAGUAUAAGAGAUAUUUGUAUGAACUGAAUUUGUAAUUUAAUUUUCCUGUUCACUUGUUUUUGUCUUAUUUUCAAACGUAAAUGCUUAUCUAUUUAAAUAAAAAUUCCUGCAGUUAACUCCUGAGCCAGAUUUCCAAGGCACAGCAAAGUUUAGGUCAACAUUUAAUAUAGGUUAAAAAAAAAUAUAAAAAGUCCAAAACAAACCAAAAAAAAGGCAUGUCUGUUCCUAGUGGUAGUAAGCAUGUAGUAUCAAUCAAAAUGAAAUAAAAUCUGUCACAGUACUGUA